GCGAAGCUCAAGUUCCCGUUUUCAUUUGAUUCUUUUCGCGGGGCUUCGUGAAAGCAGAGAUGAUGGCGAAUAAGACAGUAGUCGGGACGAGGGAUGUUCAGAAGUUCAUGCACAUGUUGCUCCAUCUCAUCGCGUUUGUCCUUGGAGUCGUAGGCAUUUGCGCGGUUUUCAAGUACCACAACAUGCAGCAAGUCGAAGACAUGAACAGCCUCCACUCAUGGAUCGGCAUCGGCACCAUCUCCUUGUUCGGAUUUCAGUGGCUAUUUGGUUUCUUCACCUACAUGAUCGGAGGCGCAUCGACGUCGACCAAAAUGAGAAUUAUGCCGUGACACAUAAAUGGAGGGAGAGUCAUCCUGUUCAUGGCGAUAUGCUCGGCCUUGACCGGGUUGAUGCAGAAAGCUACUUUCUUAAAACUCGAGCACAAGAGAGAAGCGCGCUUCCUCAAUUUCACCGUCAUCUUCAUCCUCCUCUUCGGAGUCUUCAUCGAUCUCUCCGUCUCUCUCUCACUCGUUUCGUAUGAUUCUUGUGCCGAUGUACGAUUCGAGUGCUCUAUACAUAUAUAUGCACCUUCUUUUUCUUGAAUCAUUUGCUUUUUGUUUCCCCACUGUUGAAAGCGUGAUUUAAUUAAUUACUGAUUGAUGUACUAGUGUCUCUUAUCAUAAUUUAUUGGUUAUUUCGGUUUC